AUGGACUUCAUCGAAGGCCUUCCUUCGGUAAAUGGUCGGAAUGCUAUUUUGGUGGUCGUGGAUCGUCUCUCCAAAUACGACCACUUCAUUCCUAUUAAGCAUCCCUAUACCGCCCCUCAAAUUGCAGAUGUGUUCAUUCAUGAGGUAUUUCGGUUGCACAGGAUGCCGGCAUCCAUUGUUAGUGACCAUGAUUCAAUUUUCCUAAGUGCAUUUUGGACUGCCUUCUUCAAAAACCAACAAACGACACUUUGUAAAAGCUCAGCUUACCAUCCACAAUCGGAUGGACAGACUGAGGUCUUGAAAGAAUACUGGAGCACUAUCUGCGCAAUUUUGUCAUGGACAAACCAACUACUUGGCUCCAUUGGCUUCCAUGGGAGGAAUGGUGGUUCCUCGCCGGUCCAUCUGGUUGAUAUCACUCUCAGGGACAGAGACACUCUUCUCAAGCACCUGCGAAAGAAUAUACACAUCACUCAGAAUCGAAUACGUCAACAAGUAGACAAGCACCACUCGGAGAGAACCUUUCAUGUAUUAACCCGCGUUGGCCCAGUUGCUUACACAUUGGACCUUCCCCCUCAAUCCCGCAUUCAUCCAAACUUCCACAUCUCGCUCCUUAAGCCUAAACUUGGCUCCCAUAUUGUUGCAUCCCCAACGCUGCCACUCGUCGCGGCAGAUGGCACCUUCUUGUGGUUUCCAGAAAUGAUACUCCAACACGGCAUGUUCAAACGGAGCAACCAGGCUAUAACUCGUUGGCUAAUCAAUGGCAAGGCUUGCCCGAACAUGAUGCCACGUGGGAAGACGCAGACUCCAUCAUCAGUCGUUUUCCGGACUUCAACGCCUGAAGACAGGCUUCUUCGAGGGGGUGCCUUGUUAGGAUUCUAA